UACACAUUUUUUCACAUCGAUGCCGAUUUUUCUACAUUUUCAUUCCUUGAUUAUUAUUUUCAUUGUAUAUUUUCUACAUCUAUUCAAUGCAAAAACAUUUGUAUACAAAUAUGCUACAAAUAUAUCAGAAAAUUCUCAUAAACCAACCAUUUUACAUAAUCUCUCCGGCUCGGUUUCGAUUACACCGAUCAUAAUCAAAGAGGUGGAUCAACAAACUACCGCAAAAAUCAAUAAAACUCUAUGGUACAUCACAUUGAACAUUGAUACCAUCAAUGAUCAAUUUAAAAAUCCACAAGAAUUCAACUGUUUAGUACUAUUUGAUAACAAAGGUCUUAUUGAUCAAAUAUUUAUUUCUAAUAAUCAAUUGAAAAUGAACAUUCUCCAAAUGAAUCUUUUCAAAGGACUUAUCAGUUUAUUGAAUAUACACCGUACAUUUGAACCAGGCAUUGAAUAUGAUAGUUCUGGUAAAUGUUAUGUUACUUAUGCAACUAUAUCACAUUCAAUUGAUCAUGAUGAUCACUUAAUCAUUGUUGAUAAACAAAAGAAAUUCUGUGAAAGAUUACAUUAUCCAUUAGAUGUAUGGAAUGAAAAUGUAUUAUUGUCAAUAUUCAAUCUGAAAGAAACACAACAACAUCAACAACAGGAAAUGAUAACACGUUACACGUAUGAUAGAUUAACACAUCAAUUACUUAAAAUACAAGCAUAUGAAAGACAAAUUCAUUCUACGAUGAUGAUGAUCAUUGAUAACUUAACAGUAGAUGAAUUGAACAUUGAACAAUAUCAUCAAUAUUUGAUGAAUUCUACUGGGAUGAUUGAUUUGAUAUCAUGGCAAAGUUUAGAAUUUACACAUAUUAUCACUACUGAUUGGAAUAAUGAUAAAAGAAUUCAAGUGUUGAUUGAAAAAGAAAAUUAUGAUUUAACAUUGAAUGAAGUCAUUGGAAUGUUACUCGGCUGCGAUUAUCAAACAAUUCAUUUAGGCUUAAUUUAUCCACUUACAAACUCACCGUCAUCGUCAUGUAGUUUAAAUGCGAAUUUAUUCACCAACAUUGAUCAUUUCAAUGCAAACAACAGUGAGAAUAAUGAAAGCGAUGAAGAAUUCGCCAAUUUACGCCGAUUCAUUGAAUCACAUCGUGAUUCAUUACAAAAUGAUAUGAUUGGAACAAUUAAAUCAGCUGAAACUCUACUACAUUUGAUCGGUCGAUUACGUUGUCUAUCCGAAACAAAUCAAUCGAUACUUAUGUUAAGUAGUGCAACAAUGUUAACUCCACCAUUUGUUGAAAUACAAUUACUCCAUCGACAAUACAAUACAUGGAGAGAUCAUUUAAUUGAUAUUUUAAUUAAUUGUGGUACAAAAACAUGUUUAACAGUUGUAUUCAAUCGAUUAGAUGCAUUAACUAAAUUUGUUUAUUCAAAUGUAGACAAUUUCAAUGAAAAUUCCAUUGAAAUUAUUCAAACCAAAGAAAUGUUAUUUAAAAAACUUUGGCCAUCUUUAGCCCAUAUUCGUCGAAUCAAUACAGAUCAAAUGAGUCAUCUGUAUGAGUCAUGUGAAAAAUCAAUUAAAAUCGAUCAAAACUAUGUGUGUUUGAUGACAUUGGUCAAUUUAAAUUCACGCAUUGUGAAUUGUGAAACAUUUGAUUAUUUUAAACAAAUGAUUCAACAAAUUCAAGUAUUACUUGAUCUAUCAAAAUUGAAAAAUAAUAAUAAUUCUAAACGAAAACAUUUAUUAAUUGGUUUAUCAAUGGCUAAAACAUUAAAUCAUCCAACUUUAACAAGAUCAUUAUUUAAAAUCAUACUCAAUACUAAUAUUAGUUCAACUCUACGUAAUUUAGCUAUUCAAAUAAUUGGUAAAAUACAUUUUUCUGCAGAAUCUACAAAAAGCCAUCACAGACAUUUUGAUUCUAUCAUUUCAAAUGAACAACAAUUAGCUGAGAUAAGAACAAGAUUAAUUGAAAUUUUAUACAAAUCAUCUAAUGAUACAACACAUAAUGAUGAUUUAAUCAUUGGUAACGAGAUUUUAAAAAUUUUAUUAUUCUCUAAUUUAUCAAUGAUACAUAUGUCAACUAUAUUACACGAUCUAGCUAAACAACAAAGAUGGUCAUUAAUUGAAAUAUUUCAACAAUUUCUACAAUAUUGGUGUAAAUUUGAAUUAUUGACUAAAUAUGAAUGUGAUUGUUUAAAUGGACUACUACCAAAAUGUCGUCAUUAUUUUAAAUGGCCUAGUGUUUUUAUUGGUCAACAUUUAACAACUCUAAUUGGUCAAUCAAUUUUAUUACAUAAUGAAAUUUAUAAUCUGCAUAAUUUAUUACUUAUUGAUUAUACAUCAUAUUUUCUACUUGAUUCAAAUGGUGCUUUACAAUUAUCUGAUUUAAAAAUUAAUUUAAUCAGUAAAGAAGGGGAAUCAUUAUUGGUAAAUUUUAAUAUACAAGCAAAUGAAUUACUUAAAUUAGCUGGUAUUAGUAGUAGUAGUAGUGGUAGUAGUAGUAGUAUGUUAUCAGUGAAUGAAAAACAUUCAAAAUCCACAAUAUCAUCAUCAUCAGACAAAGAAACAUGGUUAAAUAUAAAUUUAAAUUAUUUAAAUAUUAAUUUAUUACCAAAUGAAAUAUUUUCUGGUGAAUUCAAAAAUCUCAUGAAUUUAUUAUUCUCUGCAUCGAAUCAAUUUCAACCAAUAUUACAAUUGAACAAAUUGAUCAUUGAUCAACGUAUUCAAACAACCCUUACAUCUGGUUGGAUAAUACAAAUUGAUCAUUUAGCUUCAUUAACUAUGAAUAUGCAAAGUGCAAUGGAAACAAGUGUUUGGUAUGCAUCAGGACGUAGUAAUGUACGAACAAAUAUUGGUUUUGUCAAUACAAUUAGUGCACAUUUACUACAAUCAUCUUAUAAUCAUCAAACACAUCAAUUUAUCAAUAAAGGUAUGGCUAUUCAAGGUCAUAUUGAUUUUAUUAUCGAUAUGAAGGUGAAAAAUUUACCAGAUAGUAUUUGUUUUGCAAUGAAUCAAGGGGCGAAUACCUUUAUUAUCCAAUGGUAUUCAACUACUACUACUACUACUACUACUAAUACUACUCAUCAUAACAAUACUACUUAUUCCUCCUCCUCCGACUCGUCAUCAUCAUCUAUCAUACCGACAUCUAGUCAAAAUACUCAUCAUUCUUAUGUUUAUCUACUAAAUUACACAUUACAACCUGUUUCAUACUUUCUCGGUCAUGACAAUUCAAUGAAGUGUAAAUUAAUGAAUGCAAGAACAGUUUGGUAAACAAAAAAUGUAAUGAAAUCGUUUUUUUUUUAAAAAAAAAAAUUGUAAUAUAUGUAGAAAAGAUUCUCUGUGAAAUUUAUUUUAUAAAAAAGUGUUCUUUUUUCUCUAUUCUUCCAAAUAAUUGUAAUUUACGCGCUAAAAGUGUACUACCAUACGGAUGACCUUGACACAAGAACCAAUCAGGAUUGAGAUAACAACGCUUCAUAAAAUUAUGCGCAAAAUUUAAAAUGUACUGAUGAAGUAAAGAAUAUAAGCCUUAAAAUACUUAAAAAUUCAUAAAAUUUUCUUUUUAACUCUUCUUCCGAUAAAUUUCAACUGUGUAUUAUAUCCUAGUUGAUUUUAUUUCAUGAUGUUAAACUUUAAACCUAAUUUUAAAACAAUUAAACUUAUAAUUUCGAUAAAACUUUGAUAAUUUAACCUUAAGCUAUUUUUUUUUUGAAUGCAAGCUGUUGUCAAUCAAAUUAAUUAGUGAGAAAAACUUUACGCACAAUCAAUGAUACCCUUAACCUAUAAAACGAAUCCAACUCCCAAUAUGUCCGUCGGAUGAGAUAAUUUUAUGGCUUUUCAUUGUUGACAUGUUUUUUUCUCGUAACUUGACAUUAUUUUCCUGAUUGGUUGAUUAGCUGUUCAAGGUUGUCAAUGUAUUCUGAUUUCCACUACUUUUUUUUUUAAAUUCGUACUUUUUUUUCCAUACACAACAUACUACUAUCAAAUUUAGGAAUAUUCAUAUUUUGAAUAACAUGAAAUGUUAAUUUUUUAAUAAAAUAUAUGAAUGAUUUUGGAAUGAAACAAAAAA